CGGUCGGGAUUGGUCGCCGCCUAUGAGCCCGGGCCAAGUACUGGCCCUCGGCGCCGGCUGUGGAGUGGCGGGAUUGGCUGUAGUGGCGGCCGCGAGCCCGCAGGCGGCGGCUGCGAGAGGCGGGAGAGCCGGGCUCGGGAGGGCAAUGGGUCAAGGAGCUGGCAAACUGGCCUGGCUCAAACUAACAAGAGGAUAUCAAACAGGUAGAAGAUCUGAAAGAAGACAUGGCUAUGUUAGUUUUAGACAACCUUUGAAUGGCCCAGGCAGAAGAGAACAUCAACACAAUGAAGACUAUGAACAAUUAGCUUCGGAGGACGUUCAGAGACCAAGUUCUUCAUCUUUCUUUGACAGUCCCAGUCCUUUGGGUCAAGUUUCUUCUGGUUUACUGGAUGAGCCUUUGUUAGAAAAUAUUGGAACUGAAGAACCCAUUUGCCAAAGUGUGUCAAGCCAAACUUUUGAAGUGAACACAUCACCAUUUUCUCUGUUCUCUCCUGAUCUGGAAGGCAAUGAAUUCUCAGGGGACUUUAUGAAUCAUUAUGAAAAUUCUGAGGACCUUGUAGAGCAUGCAUCUGGAGGACAUAAUGAUUUCAAUGGUCAGAAUGGAUUUGCUUUCGUAAACACUGACUCUUACGAACCAUAUAUUAGUGAUGAAGAGGAAAGUGAUACUCAAGAAGAACUUUAUGUGAUGACAGAUGAAGCAGCUGUAUUUCGGGAAACAUUAAGUGAGAUGUUCUCUGAGGUAGAAAAUGGCAUAAAUUAUUUUACUCUUUUACAGUCCCCAUUGUCAACUCUCAGCUGCAGUGUUUCUAGAGAGUGCUGUGAAGAAUCAGUACCAAUGCCUUUAGUGAGAUAUUUUGGCAUAGAUCCAGACUCGGCAUGUCUAAACAAUGGGAUGUCUAACUCUUCUGCUGGAGAUCAAGCUAUACCGAAAAGUAACCUGAGUGGUGCCAAUUAUGAAACACAGCAGAUAAAUACAGUGGAUUUUGGAGUCGGAACCCCCCUAGCAGUUGCUAAUGAAUUGAAUGUCAAUGAUUGUAAUACUGAUGAAGGAAAUUCACCUGAGCUAGUAGUGAGACCUAAAAUAAGAAAACAAAAUACUGUAAAUGAAUUGGAGAGAGAGAAGUUUCUCUGUAAUGGUGAUGAAAAGGAAGGUGCUUCCUGGUGGAGAAGUGGAACUGCUGAAGUCCAGCAAGACUGUGUUGAGUGGAUGUGGAGAAAUAGUGAAGGAGAGAUGAGCUCUACUAUGCUGUUUGACUCGAGAGAGUAUGAAGGUCAUCAAAAGAGCACAGAAGUAGACCUGAGGGAAGAUGUAGCAGAUGAAGAUGAUGUGCUAAGUGAUAGUACUUUUUGGGAUAAGUUUGAAGACUCCAGCAGACGCCUCUCUCUGUUCCACAAAGAUGAGCACAGCUCAGAAUGCAGUGAUGGAGAAUGGUCUACAGCUAUGCUUGCAUGCUUUACUGCUAUGGAAAAAGCCCAGGCCUCAAGUGGUGAGAGCUGGGAGACUGUCCCAGGCGGGGAGGAAGAUGAGUUCCAAGUGCAGAGCAUCAGCAGUGACACAGAAGAGCAGAACGCAAACCUCUGUUUCCAAGGAGGGGAACAUAUAUCAUUGGAGGAAGGAGAGAUUCUUCCUUGGUUGCAAUACCGGCAAGAAGUGGAGAGUAGUAGUGAAGAUGAUCCAGUUACGGAUUUUGUGUGUCCUGGAUACCUUCUGCUGGAUGGAAAUAACAACCUUGAGGAUGACUCCAGUGUGAGUGAAGACUUGGAUGUGGAAUGGAGUGUGCUUGAUGAGUUUGAUGAUGGCAUAGGACUCUCUCAAGCUAUUCCUUGUGUGAAUCCUGGAUUUGUAACGUUUCUGACCCUAGAGGGACGUUUACAACAAGCUGUAGAGGAAGCUCUGGCACAUUUGGAGUCUCUUGGAUUUGAUGAACAGGCUCAACCACCAGCUGAUAAAGAAACCAUAGAUGGUCUGCCACAGAUUGUCGUCACAGAUGACCAUGAUGGUCAAGAGCAGUGUUGUACUAUCUGUUGCAGUGAAUAUGUGAAAGAUGAAAUCAUAACAGAGCUACCCUGUCAUCAUUUGUUUCACAAACCUUGUGUAACUCUCUGGUUACAGAAUUCGGGAACGUGCCCGGUUUGUCGUCAUGUGCUCACACCAGUGCCUCCUGAAGCUGCUGCUGCCACUGUUUCCGUUCUAUCUGAGCAUGGUUCUAUAACUUCUGUUGAUACUGCUACAGAAACUUCCAACUAGGGUCUAAAUUAAGUCUUUGCCACCAAAAUAUGAAAGCAAACUUUGCCUGUUUAAUUACAAUGUGAAAACAAUUAUGUUUAAAAUAUUACAUGUGAAAUACUAUUAUCUACUUUAGUUUAGAAAGAGGAUUGAAGACUUUCUAAGUUCACAAGAAUAGCUUAAGUUUUCCAAGUAUAAAUUGGAAGAAUGUGCAGCCUUUUUUUUAGCAGAAUGUUGCUGAUAACUAAUGUCUAAAGCUUCUGUUAUGAGAGGUUUUUUUUUUAAUAUAGUUAAUGUGUCACUUUUUUCAAGUUCUUGCAGCUGCAGUGUGGUUGCACAUUAUAUUACAGAUUAUAGGCAUACCUUUAAUAACUGAAUUUUUGUUAGUGCCCUGAGUGACUGAGAAGUUACGUAUUUGCAUCAAAUGUGAGGAUGUUCUGUGAUGCCAGCAGUGACAGAAUUUUUUUUUCAGUGGAAAAAAUUGCAUAAUGGCACUAUUUCUUUCCUCUUUAUUCUAUAAUAAAGUUUUUCUGAAUGUCAGAA